CAUAGCAUAUAUAGAAAUAUUUCAAAAAAAAACCUAGCUAUCUUCCAUUUAUUAUUUUCUUUCUUCUUUAAUUAUCAAGAAAUUAGUUAAGCAUUAUUAUUAAGCAGCAUGCAACGUGUUAUGGCAGCGAACUUGUUGCAACGCAGAUUCUUUACCCAACAAAGGCAAAUAUAUGAAAUGACAAAGAUGGAGGCAGUAACAAUAACAACAACAAGAAGGCGAGUAACGGAGCCAUGUGACGUGUUCCUGAACCAUAGGUGCAGGGACACGAAGAAAACAGUGGCUUCGUUACUCUACGAUCACCUAAGGAGGAACGGCUUCAACCCUUUCUUGGACAACAAAAACAUGAAGCCAGGAGACAAACUCUUUGAUAAGAUAAAUAGAGGAGUUCUCGAAUGCAAGAUCGGUGUUGCCGUCUUCUCUCCUCGUUAUUGUGAAUCAUACUUUUGCCUACACGAGCUAGCGCUUCUAAUGGGGUGUAGUAAGAAGGUGAUACCCAUCUUCUGCGAUGUGAAACCUUCUCAGCUUCGUGUUCUUAACAAUGGCAAAUGGUCCCAUGAAGAUUUUCGCAGGUUUCGUUGGGCUCUUGACGAGGCCAAACAUAUUGUUGGACUCACCUACAAUUCCUCAAAAGGGAACCUAUCAGAAAUCGUGAAUAGUGCGACUGAAAUCAUUAUUGGAAGCAUGAUAGAGCUUGAAAAUGAAGAGCAUGUGCAGAUGCACCAUCGUCAGAACAUGCCCAUUAUUGCUCUUUAGGGUCAUAAUAUAAUUACCUAAUAAUAAUUUAAUGUCAUUUGUUUAUACUUUAUAGCUUUAUUUAAUUAAUUUGAUUCUUGUUAUUUUCAAUAAAGUCUCUAAAGACUGUAUAAAUUAAAUAACGUUAAUUAGAUUCUUUUAUUUAUACAGUGCAAGAUAUAUAUAACAAACUUUAGUGGCACAUAUUCAUCAGAAUUUCAGGUGCUUUUAUUUAUUUUUCUGUAAAU